GUUGUAUUUUAUUUUUUUUUUCAUUUUGUUUUAAUUUUUUUAUUGUUUUGGAUAUUGAAUAAUUGAAGUUUGACAAAAGUUUACGAUACCAAGCAACUUCUUCUUGUUCUUUACACAUCAACCAUUUUCUUCUUUCGAAAGUGAUAUUUGGGUAACCCCUAUGUGCCUUUUUUCUUGCAAUUCCAAGAUGCCGUGAUAGCAAAAAUCCAAGGUAUGUGAAGAAAUAAUAGGCAACGUUAUUGUAGAUUGUCUACAUCUCUAACUAACCAUCUUGACUGCCUCCAUUUAUUGUCCAAUUGCUUGACCCUUCUGCCCCACACCUUUCACCAUCUCCAUACUUCCUCAAUUCAACAGAUUUUGAAAGUUUGAUUAAUUACUCUUCUUGCAGGAACGAAAAGGAAAAACUUUCCCUUGUUAUCGGCAUUCCUUCGAGUUCAUAUAGCACCAUCUUCACACUGUUUCUUGUAAUCGAGACGAGGCUUCCAUCAUGCUGCACAACAUUGAAGGACAAGCAAGCCCAGAUCAAGAAUCGAAGAAUUCUGUAGAGUACUGUGAUGUAGGAGAAGACUUGGCGUCCUCAACUUGUUCGUGUAUGUCGAUACCGAGUUUGCCUGCAAGCCCAAACAGCAGUCGACCUACGAGUAUGGUCAUCAAGAAGGUGAACACGGUGAUUCCCGCGCACCUGGUGGCUGCAGCCAUGUCGACCCUCCAUGGGCUCGACCUCAGGUGGUCGGGCCCGAUCACUCCAACCGAAAUGGAAUACGUCGAGCAGUAUGUCUUCGCCCGGUACCCCGAGUACUCCCACGGCCUCGUCGACAACGACAACAGCGAACGUGGCGACGAUGACGUCUCCUCGUCGAACAACCGGAAGAACUCCCCAAAAUACGCCCGAGACAAUUUGUCGACGCCGCCCUCCUACGCAUCCCACAUGUCGAAAAUCCACCUCGACCCCUCGAAACUCCUCGACAUCCUUGACAAGAAAGCGUUGUCGACGUUCAUCUCCAUCCCGGAAAUCCAGGCCCGCAACCGCGCCCUCCAGGGCUGCGGUCUUGCGGAGAACGACUACUGCGUCGUAUUCUCCCCGACCGUGCGGGAAGCCAUGGUCUUGGUCGGCGAGUCGUACCCGUUUUUCCGAGGGAACUACUACUUGACCGCCCUGCGGGACGACGAUGCGAUCAGGGAAUUUGCGACAGGGAAGGAGUCGAAGGUGGUGGGGGCUCCGGAGGCGUGGCUGGAUCUGAGGAUCAAAGGGUCGCAGCUGAGCCAGUACUUUCGGCGGAAAUGCAAACACGUCCCGAAGGGGCUGUUUGCGUACCCGGCAUGUGCCAACGGGGCUCGGUCGACCAUGCACUGGAUAUCGGAGGCUCAUCGCAACUCUUGGCAUGUGCUGCUCGACGCCACGGAAUUGGACGUCGGGAAGGAUGAGCGGAUGGCGCUGGCGCUCCACCGCCCUGAUUUCGUGGUGUGCGUCGAUGUGGAGCGGAGGAUUGUGUGUUUGUUGGUGAGGAAGGAUUCUUUUGAGACACUUGUGUAACUUUAUUAUUUGUUUUUGAGUUCCAACAUCCAUGCAAAUUUCAGGCCUAAUAUUAUGGGGUUU